AUGUCUUCGACUGAAUCUGUUUUUGUUGAUCAAAUAAAUUUAGUAGAGAAUGAUAUUAAUUUUGACACUCCAAAUCGUAAUGAAAUUCUUAGAAAUGGUCUCAGAAGACCCUCAGCUGAAAAUCUUUUAGGAAGAGGAAGUUUUGGGACAGUUUUUAAAGGUGUUUAUAAAGGUAGAAAAGUUGCUGUAAAAAUUAUAAAAAAUCAAAAUAAUGGUGAUAAAUUUCCAGCUGUUAUUAACGAAAUCAAUAUUCUUAAUUGGGAUCAUGAAAAUAUAAUAAAAAUUUUGCAUGUUGAAAGUACAUUAAAACAAAGUGCUGUUAUUAUGGAAAGAUUUCAAGGGCAAUGUUUACAAUUAAUAAUUGAUCAAAUUGAAUUGUCAGUCCAACAUAGAUUAAGAAUUGCAAAAGAUAUUAUAUGCGGUUUAAAUUAUUGUCAUAAAAAUGGUAUUUUACAUUUAGAUAUUAAACCACAAAAUAUUCUAGUAGCAUUUGAUUUAGAUACAAAAAAUGAUAUUUUAAAAAAUUAUUCGUGUAAAAUAUGCGAUUUCGGUUCAUCACAAAUUAUUUCUAAAAAUAAAAUAGAAAUUAAAUUAUCAAAUUUAUUAGCACCAAUUGGUACAAUUCGUUAUAUGUCACCUGAAGCUUUAAAGAAUGAGAAUUUAACUCCUGCUUCUGAUAUCUAUUCGUAUGGUGUAACAAUUUGGCAGCUUAAAUCAAGAAUAUUACCCUAUUAUAAUAUUGAUUGUAAUGAUACAGUAGCAUAUAAAGUUGUUAAAGUAAAUUUACGGCCUAGUACACCAACUGAAGAUAUUGAAAAUUGUUUUCAAUUUAAUAAUACUCAUAAUGAUUGUAUAUGUCAACAAUUUUCAUCAGAAAUAUCUAGUGACAGGAACAGAAAUUCAAGUAGCAUUAAUAAUCUUCAACCAUUACGUAUGUUAUCUUCAUCUCCUUUUCGUAGAAUACAAAAGGAAUAUAAAAAUUUAACAAGUGAAAUAAAGUAUAAUAAUAAUUUUAAAGAAAAAAAUAAUGAAUUAUUAGAUCUUGAUGUAAAUUUUUACCAGAGAAAAGCAAUGAAAAAAUUAAAGUUUUCAAAUAUAAGUGAAAAUUGUGAACAAAAUUUAAAUUUGGAAGAAAUUUUUGUUAAACGUAGAAAUUCUCAGUGUGAAUUGAAAGAACAGCUUUAUAAGGCAAUCUACACUAAAUGUUGGAACAAUAAUCCACUAUCAAGACCUUCGGGAGCCGAAAUUGAAAAUAAUAUUACGAAACUGUUAAAAUAAUGUUAUUCUUAUUAGUUUUUUCUUAAUUUAUAAAAGUUGUGUUACCAUUCUUUAAAAAGCUUUAUAUUUUGUAUGUUAAAAAUGUUGUUGAUCAUUAGUGUCAA